AACGGAGCACGUCCCCGCUCUGCUUUUUUCUUUUUAAUCUCCCCCCCCCCCCAACCCGCCUUUCCUUUUUGACUUGCCAAGAGCAAAGUGCCCAGCGAAUCUGAUGCGGUUUAAAUUUACAGCAGCGGCAGUGGCGGCGGCUGCGAAUGUGUGAGCUGCCCCAGUCUAACUGUGAGAGCUCUCCCACUGGGGCUGCUCCUCUCUGAUGGAAAAGGAGCAGCUGGGAAGAUGCUGUUUCAGGCUCUCGCUGUGGGACACACACAAGGGGAAAAAAAUAAAUAAAAAAAAAAAAAGAAGAAGGAACUUUGCUUCCACCGGAGAGGGGGGACGACAUCAUGUGACUGCAGCCACCCUACCCUAUGUGACAGUAUGUAGGAGCACUGAUUGCUCUUAUCCAAUCAUGCAUGGAAUGCUGCUUGUCACUCGGGCUAUUUCUGCUAUCUGUUGCUAUCAGCACCGCACUCCCAACACUUUGGCAGAUGGGACACUUUUCCUCGGAGUCCGACUUUUUGGUUUUUAACUUCUGGCAACGACUGCCCUGUUGUUCUCUCUCUCUUUUUCCCUUGUCUUUUUUUUUUUUUUAAAUUCUCUGUACGUUGUUCAAAACCAUGGCCCACCGGCUACGGUUUCAUUUUGGCUCCGGGCGAAGCAACACGGCUCCCGAGUCGGAUGUCCUGGAGCAGGAGAAGGAGGACGACUUCUUCAUGGCAUUCCACACGCUGCCGAGGAGGAACGGCUCUCACCCUUUCUCCCGGCACGGAUCGGAGUGUGGAGAGAGCGAGCUCCCCGAAGAGGGGGCACUAAAAAGGAGCACGUCCAUGUUUAUCCCCCAACUUCUCAACAACAUUGACAUACGCCCGACGAGAAGCUCCUCCGUGCAGAUCUCGCUGCAGCGCAACUCGGCAAACGGGCACGUCGAUGAGUUCGAGGCGCCGGAAUAUCCAGACGAGGCACUGGCAUGUGAUUUUGGGGACUUUAAUGAACAUUACAUUUCAGCCGUCAGGAAAAAUUCCUCUUCUGCCAGCAGCCCCCUAGAUACCCCUGGAAAUUCUCCUCCUCAGAGACGGGAUACGACAAGGCAGCCUAUAAAUGGCGCUGCCCCAUUCUUACCUCGGCUUACAGUGCGCCCCAUUGUGGAACAGAACGGCCAUAUUAACUGUGCCGCCGAUAUGCAAGAAGAGGUGAGCAUAACCACAAGCGGCCAGAACACAAGUGGGAUAAGAAUAAAGCGCCAGCCUUUAAGCCCUGAUAUACGGCAGGUUAGGCUGCUGUCUCCGUGUCAGGAAAAUCAGAACGGGUCUAAUACUGAACCCAGGCGCUGGUCUCUACAGCAUCUUCCUGACACCUCAGGGAGCCCUGGGAAAAGAUGCUUCGUGUUCCAACUGCAGCAGUCUCAAACCGGGAACUCCAAUAUGGGGGGAGAGUAUAACUUUGGCUUCACCGGCACGAAAGGCGACAGGUUGGUCCGAUAUCCUCGUAUUAGGCUGGAAAGAAGUACUUCAUACCCGCUCCAGCCGCGGCCUGAAAGCACCAGCCCAGUGGAAAAUGGAUUAAGCUCUGAAUCCGGCAAGUGCAAGAAAGACUACGCUGAGAUUCUGCCCAACGAUUCCAGGGAGAGACCCUCACAGGGGCAGGGGUGCACCUUCAAAAUACGCCAGGAGUCAAAUGUUCGGCAGCCACAUUUCAGGAUCCGCGUCACUCGCAGCAGUGAGGAGCAAGGUACAGAAGAAGGGCAAGAUGUGCCUAGAAAUUCAGCUUUGGGAAAGGCCACGACAAGAGAUGAUUUUUUGGGCCAAGUUGAUGUUCCGCUGAAUCACUUACCGACAGAAGAUCCAACAAUGGAAAGGCCAUACACAUUCAAAGACUUCUUACUCAGACCAAGAAGCCACAAAUCCCGGGUUAAGGGUUUCUUGAGACUGAAGAUGGCCUACUUGCCAAAGAAUGGAAUGCAGGAAGAGGAGAAUAAUGAGCAAAGAGAAGAAUCCGAGCAGGCCUGGGAUGUGGUGGACUCCAAUGAUUCAAGCUCUCCACAUCAGCAAGAGCUCCCAGCUCCACCUAUGCCGCCGGGAUGGGAAGAAAAAGUGGACAACCUUGGGCGGACAUAUUACGUCAACCAUAAUAACAAGACCACUCAGUGGCAAAGGCCAAGCCUCGUAGACGUUACGUCCGAAUCGGACAGCAACAUUCGGCACAUACAGCAAGAGGCCCACCGAGUGUUCCGAUCUCGGAGACAUAUCAGUGAAGACCUAGAACCCGACCAUAUAGAAGGAGGAGCGGAUGUUCCAGAGCCAUGGGAAACCAUUUCCGAGGAAAUGACUUUGACGACCGACACGUUAAACCAGUCUCUCCCACCCCCUGCUUCCCCGGAUUCUCGGGCCAGCGCUCUGGAACUGUCCGAGGAGCUGAACAGGAGGCUGCAGAUUAGCUCCGAGUCCAACGGAGAACAGUUCAGUUCUAUCAUUCAAACAGCUUGGGAGAGGCAAAAGCAGAGAGAACCGUCCACGAGAUUAAGGUCUUGCAGUGUAACAGAUGGUGUCGCCGAGCAGGCUCAUUUAUCACUGCCGAGCGUCUCAACGGGAAGAGCUCGUUCCUCAACUGUCACAGGCGGUGAGGAUUCUACGCCAACCGUGGCCUAUGUGCACACCACUCCGGGUUUGCCUUCAGGAUGGGAGGAGAGGAAAGACGCUAAAGGCCGUACCUAUUAUGUCAAUCAUAACAAUCGCACCACCACAUGGACCAGACCUAUUGUGCAGCACGCCGAGGACGGGGCAGUGGGAUCUACUUCAAACAGUAGUAACCAUCUGAGCGAGCCUCAGAUCCGACGGCCUCGUAGUCUCAGUUCUCCCACAGUUACCCUGUCUGCACCACUCGAGGGCGCAAAAGACUUCCCCGUGCGCAGAGCAGUGAAGGACACCCUGUCCAACCCACAGUCUCCACAGCCGUCACCUUAUAAUUCUCCAAAGCCACAACACAAAGGGGCCCAGAGCUUCUUGCCGCCGGGCUGGGAGAUGAGAAUAGCACCCAAUGGCAGACCAUUCUUUAUUGACCAUAACACAAAAACUACCACAUGGGAGGAUCCGCGACUGAAGUUCCCAGUACACAUGAGAACAAAAGCUUCCUUGAACCCUAAUGAUCUGGGUCCUCUCCCUCCGGGCUGGGAGGAAAGAAUCCACGGGGAUGGGCGAACGUUCUAUAUCGAUCACAGAAGUCCAGGGUUGAGGUGUCGAGACACAGGUACCAGCUGCUCGGUGCCCCCCUACGACACCAAAAUAACCCAAUGGGAGGACCCCCGGCUUCAGAAUCCCGCCAUCACUGGCCCUGCCGUCCCCUACUCAAGAGAGUUUAAGCAGAAAUACGACUACUUCAGGAAGAAGUUGAAGAAACCUGCGGAUAUUCCAAAUCGAUUUGAGAUGAAGCUUCACAGAAACAACAUUUUCGAGGAAUCCUAUAGGAGGAUAAUGUCGGUGAAGCGGCCGGAUGUCCUUAAAGCCAGAUUAUGGAUUGAAUUUGAGUCGGAAAAAGGCCUCGAUUAUGGAGGAGUAGCAAGGGAAUGGUUCUUCCUUCUGUCCAAAGAGAUGUUCAACCCAUACUACGGGCUGUUUGAGUACUCCGCUACGGACAAUUACACACUUCAGAUAAAUCCCAAUUCGGGUCUUUGCAAUGAAGAUCACCUUUCGUACUUCACGUUUAUUGGUCGGAUUGCUGGGCUCGCCGUGUUCCAUGGAAAAUUAUUAGAUGGUUUCUUCAUUAGACCAUUCUAUAAGAUGAUGCUGGGGAAACAAAUAACGCUGAAAGACAUGGAGUCAGUGGACAGUGAAUACUACAAUUCCUUAAAAUGGAUCUUAGAAAACGACCCAACCGAGCUGGAUCUCAGGUUUUGCAUAGAUGAAGAAAACUUCGGUCAGACGUAUCAGGUGGAUCUGAAGCCCAAUGGAUCUGAGAUGGUCGUGACCAAUGACAACAAGCGAGAGUACAUUGACCUCGUGAUCCAAUGGAGGUUUGUCAACCGGGUACAGAAGCAGAUGAAUGCCUUUUUAGAAGGUUUUACUGAACUCAUUCCUAUUGAUCUAAUAAAAAUCUUUGAUGAAAAUGAGCUGGAGUUGCUAAUGUGCGGCCUUGGUGAUGUUGAUGUGAAUGACUGGAGGCAACACACCCUGUAUAAGAACGGCUACUGCCCCAACCACCCCGCCAUACAGUGGUUCUGGAAGGCGGUGUUAUUAAUGGAUGCAGAGAAACGCAUACGCUUGCUGCAGUUUGUGACUGGGACGUCACGUGUGCCUAUGAAUGGAUUUGCUGAACUGUACGGUUCAAAUGGUCCUCAGCUGUUUACAAUAGAGCAGUGGGGAAGCCCCGACAAGCUGCCCAGAGCUCACACAUGCUUUAACCGCCUGGACUUACCUCCAUACGACUCGUUUGAGGAUUUACGGGAGAAGCUUCUCAUGGCCGUGGAGAACGCUCAGGGAUUCGAAGGCGUCGACUAAAGAGGCCUCUGUCUCUCUCCAGCUAAAGCGCGGCUUGCACCGGGAACUUGUGCUACGGAUUGUACCACUGACACACAAGGGGCAAUUGCAAAUAAACGGAAUUACAAAAAUGGGACAAAAGAUUCUGCCAUUUAUGACGUUGUGUCCAUUGAGCUGACCGCGGGACGCGUGGGAACAGCGCCCUGCUUACCGGCAACCAUGGUACCAUUUUCCUUUGUGAAUCGGCCCGGGCAGGCAGACUAAUGGUUCAAACUGUGCCAAUAUGGAAGCCAUUCUCUGGUCUUUGGCAAACGGCCCCUGAUAUUGGUUCUGCAGCGCAGGCGCACAUUUCAGGCGUUUGCAAUGGCGGUGGAUGGGUUCUGCCCCGGGGUACACGUUAGACUACAUUUCAGGAGGACUUGCUCUAUUUAUGUGGUGCCUCGUUAGGCCAAAAAAGCCCUUGAUACAUAUUUUACAUAACUUUCUAACGAAUGGAACUAAUCACUUCACAUGUAUAGUAUUAAACCUCAUGUUUACUUUUUAAAAUGAUUUAGACCUAUUUUCAGAUUUUAUUUCAAUUUAAUUAAAGCUAUAUACUCAAAAACAUGAGCCAUCGUUCCAUUGAUUCCCGACUCCCCGACAAGGCCAUGUUGGCGCGGAGACGCAGGGGUGGCGCUCACUGGGGAGGCUGGUAAAGCAAAGCCUCUAUAGACCAAAAACCCAACCCCCCCCAGCAUGUUAUCAUGCUCCCUAGUGGCCUCAGUGUCUCCCCCUGUUGGCCAAUGUUUUCGGGCAAAGACAAAGGUAUGCACAUUGAUUCUGUAUUUCCAUUGGUGGAGAGUAAUUGCAAGGGCCAAUGCAAUGCUUUGUUACUGUAGCAUGCCAGGAAUCCUAUUGGUGUAUUCUGGGGCUGUCAUGGAAGUGCCAUUCACGCUUGGAAAUAUUCAUGUUGUUGUUAAACUGUACAGAAAUACUUUUUAUCAGCUAUUGCUCUUCUCUGUUUGUCACGGGGAGGCGGCCGCACCGGAACGUCACUGGCCCCUCCCACUUUAUACGAUCUGCACCUGAUUCGAAGGCACUUUAAUCGUCCAAACGUUGCUUUUCCUUCACGUCCAAUCACCUUGACUCUGUUCUUUUCUACGGAGAUGAAUCUUUCUACCCCUCGGCCGUCACACAAAGACAAGGAGUGAAUGUAGCGCUCGGCCUUAUUGCCCCGCCGCGGGGAAUUUUAACCCUUUUGUGGUCGGCGAAUCACAAAACAGAAAACAACCGGGGGCUUAUUAUUUCUCACUGUUAUGCCGAGCUUGUUGCAUGCCUAUGCUGUAGUGCCUGAACUUGUCUCUUGUGAUUCGUCCUUUUAUUUCACUGCCAAAUAGAAUGUGAAAGGCAACUGAUUCCGUGGAAUUGUCUGUUGUACGAGUCUGCGCUCAACUGUGUAACGUUUCACUGGUGAAUUCGUGCAAAUGAACACAACCAUAAAAAGGGCAAAAUGUGGUAUUUCCUUCUCUCUCAUUGGCUCACCAAACUGACAGUAAGGGGAGGAGCCCAGGUAUUCUGCCUUUAUCCACCAUAACCUGCUUGGUACAUUGGGGCAAUAAGAACCAAACUGGUCGCCAUAACAACCCACCAUGCACUUUUCCAUUGUUACCCGGCCACUCCCAUAGGCUUUCCUGAGAGGCAGGUAAUAAUGGGCAAUAUCUAGUGCCACGGACCUUAGGGCUCAACGGCCCCUAACCAUCAUGGCUGCCUGGUCUAAAACAACAUGGCUGCAAGGUCUAAACCAACGUGGCUGCCAGGUCUAAACCAAUGUGGCUGCCAGGUCUAAACCAAUGUGGCUGCCAGGUCUAAACCAACAUGGCUGCAAGGUCUAAACCAACGUGGCUACCAGGUCUAAACCAACGUGGCUGCCUGGUCUAAACCAACGUGGCUGCCAGGUCUAAACCAACGUGGCUGCCUGGUCUAAACCAACGUGGCUGCCUGGUCUAAACCAACGUGGCUGCCUGGUCUAAACCAACGUGGCUGCCAGGUCUAAACCAACGUGGCUGCAAGGUCUAAACCAACGUGGCUGCAAGGUCUAAACCAACGUGGCUGCCAGGUCUAAACCAAUGUGGCUGCCAGGUCUAAACCAAUGUGGCUGCCAGGUCUAAACCAACAUGGCUGCAAGGUCUAAACCAAUGUGGCUGCCAGGUCUAAACCAAUGUGGCUGCAAGGUCUAAACCAACGUGGCUGCAAGGUCUAAACCAACGUGGCUGCAAGGUCUAAACCAACGUGGCUGCCUGGUCUAAACCAACGUGGCUGCCUGGUCUAAACCAACGUGGCUGCCAGGUCUAAACCAACGUGGCUACCGGGUCUAAACCAAUGUGGCUGCCAGGUCUAAACCAACAGCUUUCGGAGAAGUGCAGUUUAGUGAGUCGUGAAUAACAAAAUGUCCUCCUACUUUACUACUUACCAGGCUGCCAUAUUGUUUUGCUUCAUCAUCUGUUUCAACUGAAUAUACUGUAAAAUCUUUUUAAUCAAUGA